CGGGCUUCCGUCACUUCCGUUUCUCUGUCAGUUGCAAGCGAGCGAGCAGAAGGCAGUUCGGCCGCGAGAGUGGAGCAAUGCCUAAAUCAAAGGAACUUGUUUCUUCAAGCUCUUCUGGCAGCGAUUCUGACAGUGAGGUUGACAAAAAGUUAAAGAGGAAAAAGCAAGUUACGCCAGAGAAACCUGUGAAGAAGCAAAAGACUGGUGAAACUUCAAGAGCCCUGUCAUCCUCUAAGCAGAGCAGCAGCAGCAGAGAUGAUAACAUGUUUCAGAUUGGGAAAAUGAGGUACGUCAGUGUUCGGGACUUUAAAGGGAAAGUCCUAAUUGAUAUUAGAGAAUAUUGGAUGGAUCCAGAAGGUGAAAUGAAACCUGGAAGAAAAGGUAUUUCUUUAAAUCCUGAGCAAUGGAGCCAGCUGAAGGAACAGAUUUCUGACAUUGAUGAUGCAGUAAGAAAACUGUAAAAUCAGAGCCAUAUAAAACCUGUACUGUUCUAGUUGUUUUAAUCUGUCUUUUUACAUUGGCUUUUGUUUUCUAAACGUUGUUUUCCAAGCUAUUGUAUAUUUGGAUUGCAGAACAAUUUGUAAGAUUGAAUACUUUUUUUUUAUGUGCAUUAUUAAAAGUGUUCUGAGUGAAGCUAAUUGUCAACUUGAUUAAGGAGGAUUGCUUUGUGCCCGCCACCUAGUGUAAAAUAAAAUCAAGUAAUACAAUCUUAACUGUUGUGGCCUUUUUUCAAAAGAAUUGGUACUGUUUAAGGCCAAAAGUAACAGUUUAUAGACCUGUUAGUUUCACCUUGGCUUUUACAUUCAAAAGGAUUUGUAUUGCAUUGAAUUUAUAAACUCUGACUUGUGAAAACCAUAGUUGAUCUAUUUUCUUCCAGCCCAAUGUCUAGACUUGUUGGUAUUUCCAGUGAUAUUUCCCUUCCCCCCCCUUUUUUCUUUACAUUGUUUUCCUUUAGUAACUUGUCAUGUUCCGUUUUCAUUUCACUUUUUGCUCUUUUUCUUGAAUAUAUUAUACUAAUUUGGAAAGUCAGUGAAACUGUCAAAAUGUUAGUUAUCUCAAUAAGGUACUUGUAAUUAAAAUAUAUGAGAACUACAAUCACUAAUUCUACUGUAUUAAAUAUUAGGAGAUAUAGUUUGAUAAACAUGGCUUGUAUGAAAACUGAGCAAGUAAGUGUAUGUCGUUACCUGUAGUGUUCUGUGUAGUUACCUUAUUGCUUAGUCUGCAGAGAAUAAUGACUUAGAUGUCUGAUUUGCUUUCACUUAUUAAACUUGUUCACCAUGGGAUGAUGUCUAUAAAAAAUCAGAUACUGUUAUAUUAGAUUAGGAUUUAAUAAAAAUUGUGAAAGCUUACUGGCCUAACAUUUUAUUUUGUAACAUUGAGUAUGGAUUAUAUAUAGCCAGGUAUAUCACUGAGCUUUACUGUCAUAGUAGGUCAUGCGGUUAGUUUUUGGAAGAAAGAGUAUAUGGAACAUAUACUUCUGUUUUUUUUUGGCCUUUUCUUAGUAGACUUGAUUCCUUUGCAGUUAGUCUACUGAACAGUAGUAUUCUAGACUUAAUGUUACGAAGUUUUAGCAGGCACUCUGAAAUCAUUUUCAUUGAAGCAUAGUGAUAAGCAGAUCCAGAUUGAGGCACAGAUUUCAGGGGCUUUGCAGCAAUAAACAUGGCAUAGUGUGCCUUACGAGAAUUUAAGGGAACUACAACUGAAAUGAAAGAAAGUGGCAGUGAAGAAGAAGGAAUUCUCUUCAAACUAAGUGAAACACAUGAUAUUUUGAUCACGUUUAUAGAACACAAUUCUAGAUGGAAUAGUUGAAAGGUUUAAAGACCUGUAAAAAAAAAUUCUUGGUAACAUUGUUUUUGGUAGCUAAUCUUAAAUGGUUUAUUGCCAUAUCAGAGAGUUGCACUAUUAUACCAAGUUUGAUUACUGCGUCUAAAACAUUUUAUAGUAGAAUUGUCGAGGACUUGAUUUCAAAACUAGUUGCCAGGAUACACAUAGUUACUACAUUUUUUUUUUCUGGCAGCUAUUCUGUUUUGAGUAUGUUUUUACAGUUUUUAGAUAAUUUUUCUAGUGUUUUUAGCAGUAACCCUAAUAGGUGCAUAAUUGGGGGAAUCUCUCCUGGUAUUUUAGCCUCCUUCAAAUAAUAGGUAUCAAAAAUGUUCAAAAUGGUAUUUUAGACAAACUAUACUUGAUUGAAAACUUUCCCCUUAUUUGGGAACAUAUAUAUGUGUUCUGUUAACUUAAUUGGAUGGAUUUUUAAAGUAUUCCUUUACUACAUAUACAGAAAGGAUAUUAGAACUCAGAACUUUGAUUUUGGUGUAGUUGAAGAGGAGAGAGGAUGGGUAAAUUUCCUAGGUAUAUAUGAAUUCAGGGUGUAUGCACAUUUUGAAGCAAUCUGCUAAUACAGGGAUGGUGCUGAAAUCUCUUACCUAGGCAUUUUCUUAGCUGUAUAGCAUGUUAUUAAAACCUUCAUAUAAGGAGUGCUUCCCUGACAUAUUUUGAUAAGUUGACUGCUAAAUUCAUUUGAAUCUAUUACUGGAUAUGCAAUAUACAGAAAUUUUUGUCCUUUUUUGGGUAUAGGAAAUGAAAAGGUUUAAAAGAAGAGACUGGUUAAUUGUACUGAGAAGUUAGAGGACUGAGGUUUCCUGUUUAAACUUCCCUUCUUGGUAAGAUUUCUUCCAGGAAGAAAACUUGUCAUUUUAAGGCAGCGGUUUCUUACUUUGUAAUGCCAGAAUGAAUUUAAUUAAUGCCAGCCCUGAGUGUACUUGUAGAAGAGUUUUCCUAAUGGGGUUAUCUUCUUUAUCUUUUAAAGUAUGAGUAGCUUUUGAGCAAUUUCCAGUGCUGUUGGCAUUUUACUUAAAGAACAACCACUAAAAAAGAAAAACUAUAAUUUGAUUAUUCUCUUUUGCUUUGCUUCAUAACUGCUUUUGAAGACUACUCCUACCUCAUUAGCUCGUCAAGUUACUGUGAUGAUGUACAUAUUUCUACUUAGGAAAAAAAGACUUAGGGGAAAAAAAAGUAUGUACAUCCUGGCUUGGCUGUUGAGGGGAGAGAGAACUGAGUGUUUCUUAUGUGUUUCUGAUUAGGGAUGUCAGGAGAGCACUAUAAAGUUUGAAAUUUUUAAAAAGUGCUGGCUAAUCUUUAGGUAUCUCCUAAAAUUCUUUGCUAUUUACUUUUCAUAGAAAGUAAUCCAGUGAAACACUUAAAUUUUUUUUUUAAGUGUUAUUUUCCAGAUAAAGUCUAAGGGUAUAAACAUUGGCUUAGUCACAAAUAUGUAAUUCUGUAAUCGUGGAAUAACCUGUGUGCUUUGUUCGGUGCAUCUUCCAUGGAGAUGUCAAUGAAUAUAGUAUUCCAUCUGUGAAUAUUUUAAAUGUUCAAAUAAAAAUCAGAAAUGUG